UCCACCCAUAAUCAAAGUCAACCCGCUAUAACAGUUAGCGAUUUCAGGUACAGCGGUACAGGAAGCAGAAAGAGAGAAAAAAAGAUGGGAAGCGUGUGCUCGUGCUUUGACGGUGAGACUAAGGAGGAAAAAAGAGAACAGGAUCGCGUUGCAUCUGCUGAAGCUCGCGCUAAAGCCGCCGAAGCUGCCCAAAGAAGGCAGCAGGACUUUGAAAAGUCGGCUAUAGGAAAAGCUGUCCGUGCACAGGCAGCAAAAGAAAAGCAGUCUGAAAACACUAAUAAGGGUGAACCAGCUCUAAAGUGGCAGAUGGGAUAACUGUUGACCAUAGGGCAGUGGCUGAUUUUUACUCUGCAAAAAAUAAUAGUUUAUUGAAGAAUUUGCUCAUAUUCGUGGUAAACAAUCACUAACUCCGGCAGCUACUUGAUAUCCAGGCAUCCUGUACAUACAUAGACUUGGCUCCUCUGUCUGUUCUUAUGUAAAUGUAUGAUUUUUUGAACUUUGGAUGAGACAUUUUCCUUAAAAAGUAUAUAUUUUUUCUUCUGUUUUGACUUUGGAUGGGAUAUAUUCACAAAUCUAAUACUCUUAUCUUCUUUUAAAUGCAUCACUAGUUUGUGGUUCGGCGUUGCAUCGGGUCGCUCCUUUAAAACAUAAUGUUUGUAAAAAAAAAAAAAAAAAAAAAAAAAA